AUGCAGCGCUUCACCGUCGCUCUUUUCGCUCUCGUGGCUAUCCUCGCCCUCGCCUUCCCCGUUAUUGACGCCAAGACUGCCGGCGUCCGCCGCCUCGACACCAACGCCGACCGCCUCCGCCGCGGCGAGGGUCUCAUUCCGCCUUCCAGCUUGAAGCGCCACACCCCGUCGCGCGUUGAGGCCGCGAAGCGCCACCAGCCCUCCUCGGGCUCCGGCUCUCCUCCCGGCGGCUCUGGCUCCGUCCAGUGCCGCGGCGGAGACGGCAAGACUAUCGGUUACAUCGGUGACGGCGGCAACGUUAAGCGUGGUUCGACCAGCGGCACUUCCUGCUCUUGGUCCGGCUCUACCGGUUUGAUCUCCUGGGGCAACAGUGGCUCUUUCCUCGGUGCUAAGCGUGGCAAGUCUGCGAAGUCUGGCUUCUCGAUCAGCCUCUCCGUCGACCUCUCCGAGGAGGACUGCGCUGUUGUCUGGGACCACGACACCACUACCAAGAAGUUGACGCCCUCCUACGUUGACUCGACCACGGGCGCGAAGACACCGUGCGGUGUGACUCUGGACAACGACGGCGCGCUCGUGUUCCACAGCGACGUGAACGUUGCCGGUGCUGUUAGCCUUUACUUCGCCUAA